AAAAAAUGGAAGGAAACAAAGACGAAGCUCUUAAGUGUAUAGAUUUAGCGGAAAAAUUCAUCCAGGAAAAAAACCGACAGAAAGCUGAGAAAUACUUAAACAAAGCUGAGAAACUAUUUCCUACUGAUAAAGCAAAAGAUCUAUUGCUUAAAAUUAAUCUGAUGGCUCCAAGUAACCCUGAAACCAACCAACCAAGAAGAAGAGUAACCACACAGAAAACGGAAGAAAAGGAAAACAAAGCUCCUGACUAUACUCCAGAACAAGAAGAAGCAGUUAAGAGAAUAAAAAAAUGUAAAGAUUAUUAUGAAAUUCUUGGAGUCAGCAAGGAUACUACAGAUUCUGAAAUUAAGAAGGCUUACAAGAAAUUGGCAUUGCAAAUGCAUCCUGAUAAGAACAAAUGCCCUGGAGCAUCUGAAGCAUUUAAAGCUGUAGGUAAUGCUGUUGCUGUGCUUACUGAUCCAGAAAAGAGAAAACAGUAUGACAUGUAUGGAUCAGACGAAGACCGGUUGUCAUCUCAUUCUCAUCAUCACACUUACACAAGAGGUUUUGAAUCAGAUGCUACAGCUGAAGAACUCUUCAACAUGUUCUUCGGUGGAGGUUUCAGUGGGCCCAAUGUUUAUGUACGCAGAGGAGGCAGAUGGCAAAGACAAACGGCUUCUAGUCAGUCACAUCAAGAACAUUCACAUCACAGAGAGCAACAAAGCAGUUACACGGCGUUUAUUCAACUGUUACCCAUUUUACUGGCUAUCUUACUAUCGAUGGCUUCAAGUCUUUUUAUUUCCGAUCCAGCGUAUAGUUUACAAGUCAGCACGAAAUACCCUAUUUUAAGAAAGACAGCUAAUCUGAACAUACCUUACUACGUCAAAGACAAUUUCCACAUGGAGUACCAAGGUUCUGUAAAACGUCUGGAGAUGUCUGUUGAAGAAGACUACAUACAAACAUUAAAACACGCUUGCUACAGGGAAAAAAGCUACAAGGAAUCGAUGAUUUGGAAAGCAAGAAAUUUUGGGGACCAGGAACUGUACCAUAAUGCCCAGAACAUAAAAAUGCCUUCGUGCGAGAAUCUACAGAAUUUAAGAAAUAGAUAAUAAAAUAAAUAGUGUUCGUAUAUUUCCACAUUUAGAGAUUUUAUCAAUAUAUUUAUAGUUAAUUUAUUUUGUGUCAUAGAGAAAGGGUCAGUAAGGUUGAAUUAUUAUAGAUUAUUGCAAAUUUUGUCGAUGUGAAUCUAGAGGAUGUAGGAAUACGUGUUAAGUAAAAAUAUGACCACAUUUUUAGAGAAACAGUAUAUACCAUGCAGUUAAAUUUGUAAAAAUAUGGCACGAAAGAAGCAAAAACAUAUUUACAUUAUAAGUGCAUAUACCAAAUAGAUCUUUAUCUUUAAAUUUUCGUUGAGUUAUGUAUGUUUUAAAUUCUAUUGUAGCGUAACUAGCAGGCAUGAAAACAAAUGUUUAAUAUAUAUUAC